AUGAUGAUCCCUGAUCGGAAAGACCAAAGGGUUCAUAGCCAAAUCCGAAUUCGCCUAUGAUUUAUCUCUUCAGAUAGAAUUUAAGUCUGCUUUAAAUCCUACUUGGAAAAGGAUUUGUGAUCAUAAACUUCUAACUUUUAAUUUUCACAAGCAUCCUAAAACGUUGAGGAAAAGGAUUAAUGACCACUAUAUAGAAUCUUUCGCCAAGAACUACGUGCAGUCUAUCUCAGUUACUUGUUAAUUUGUUUUAUUUCUCUUCCUCUCUAAAGCCUAAGAGAGAUGAAGAGAUGCGGAGAUUACAGUGAAGAUUACAUCCAUUUCAUCUUCUCUCAGCAACCUCCGGAAGAAGUUGACCCUUUCAUAAACUAUGUCAAGAAAGUGAAAGCCCGGUUUCAACAUGACCAGCCUGAGAAAAAAAUCCGCAGCCUUAUCAGGAUCGCGGAAGAUGCCAUCAUGUCAGAAGCUGCACGUGAUGGUGCAGUGGCAGGGAUGCCUCAAGAUUUCCAAGAACGAAUUAAGGCAAUCCUUGGAGGUUAUAAUGACUUGAUUGAUGGGUACAACUCAUUAAUGCCGCCUUGCCAUCAAAUCAGCCUUGAUGAUGUGGAGAAGAAGGAAACUGAGGAGAGUAAGAAAAGCGGAUUUCUAGAUGCUAUGGAUUCUCUAAACAAGCCGAGGAUCGAAUGUGGUGAGGAUGGUUUUGAGGAGAAUUUGAACUUGUUCAAGGAAGGGUCUAGGGUGUUGGUUGAUGUCAACGAUUUUUCUCCUAAGCUAACCGAAGGCCGUCCUGAUUUGCUAGAGGACGUUCUUAGAUUUAUGCCACCUUUUGAAGCAAAACCUUUGGCCUAUCAUCUUCCAGAUUUGCGAUCUGUAGACCUCACCAACAGUGGGGUUGAUGAACGUGAGAAAAGCAGUCCUGAAAAUAUUGAAGAUUGCGAGACAGAAAUUGUUAGGGCAGACGAGUCUAAAGAAAGUGGCUGUAGCCUUAAUGAUGAGGAGAAGGAGGAAACAGUUGCAGACACGGCAAGUAAGACAAACGGAUUUCGAGAGGCCACGGAUUUUGUAAACAAGCUGAGGAUCAAGUGUGGUGCGGACGACUACGAAGAAUUCUUGCAAAUUUUCAGGUUUUAUAAGAAAGGGUCUAGGAACUGGGUUGACGUCUGCGAUUCUGGUCUCGGCCUAACCGAAGGCCAUCCUGAUUUGCAAGAAGAGUUUCUUAGAUUUAUGGCAAUUACUGAAGCAAAGCCAUUGACUUAUCGCCUUCCAGAUUUGCAAUCUUCAGACCUCACCAAAAGUAGGGUUGAUGAGCAGCAGAAAAGGACUCCUGAAAAAAGGAAAGUUUGCCCAAAGACUGAUCAAGAAAGAAAAUUUGUCAAGGCAAAUGGAUCUGGAUGUGUCUCAGAACAGAUUGGAGAAGGAAUUGGCUUCCUAGAGAACGUUAAGAAGAGUCUUUCUUGUGAGGUGAGUUACAAGAAAUUCUUAAAGCUUUUCUUUGCUUACAGCAAGGGAAAAGUUGAAAGGGCAGAAUUAGAAGAUAUGGUUUCCAGUUUGAUAGGAAAUUAUCCUGAUCUGAUGGGCGAGUUCCUUCAAUUCUGGAAGAAUUAUGAGAGUUUAGGUGCACUUGAAGUAAGGGGAUGCAAAGAGAAGGACAAAAGGAGGGAGAGGCGUAGGAAUAAACCGAUUGAAGAACUUGAUCUCUCUACGUGUGCAAAGUGCACUCCUGGAUAUCUAAUCCUCCCUGAAGAGCAUAGGAACAACACGAAGAGACAUAAAUCCCAAGUACUGAAUGAUGAGGUAAUAUCCGUGUCUUCAAGACUGCGGGGCAACUCCUUUAAGAACAGGCGUCUAAAUCAGUAUGAAAACAACUUGUUUGAAUGUGAAGAUGAACAAUUUGAGCUGAACAUGUUGUUGGAAUGGUUUAAAUCAGCUGAUAUAUACGCAGAGGAACUGGGAGGAGUCACUGUCCAAAAUGAAGAGAGAAACGGGAGUCCAGUUAGCUUCCAGAGGUGUAUCGAACGCUUAUAUGGUGAUCAGGGAGUUGAGGUUCUUGACAUAUUCCAUAAAGAUACACAGCACGCACUGCCCAUCUUAAGAACGCGCUUGCAACAGAAAAUAGCAGAGCUGACUGAAUAUCGCGACAGUCUAAGAAGUAGCUGGAUUGAAGUAUAUGCUAGAAACUAUCACAAAUCACUUGGCCUUCGACACUGCUGAUCUUCAGGGCGAUGACAAGGAGCCAGUGUAGCUGUUUGUAAUUUGCUUUUCAGAUAUGUGGUUCUGAUCAAAGUUGAUAUGUAGGGAUCACGUUUAAGAAUCUUGAUUAGCAAGUAUUUUCUAUGCUUCUAUGGAGAUUUGCAGUGCAAGAAGCUAUUCUGUAUUGAACUUUUUUCCUUCUGUUUUUAGCUGUGGUGUUUCUCUAGUGCUC